AUGGCGGUGCGCUCUGAACCCGCCCGGCCCUCGGAGGCGCCGCCGCGCCAGCCGGGAGCGCCGGCCCUGGAGCCCGGCUCGGAGAGCACGGCUGAUCGCCUCUCAUUCUGUACGAAGGUGUGCUAUGGCAUUGGUGGGGUCCCCAAUCAGGUGGCCUCCAGUGCCAUAGCCUUUUACCUGCAGCUCUUCCUUCUUGAUGUGGCACAGAUCCCUGCUGCCCAGGUAUCAUUUGUCCUGUUUGGGGGGAAAGUGUCUGGGGCAGCUGCUGACCCAGUGGCUGGGUUCUUCAUCAACAGAAGCAGGAGGUCCAUGUCAGGACGACUCAUACCCUGGGUACUAGGCUGCACCCCCUUCAUCGCUGUGGCCUACUUCUUCCUGUGGUUCCUGCCCCCCUUCACCAGCCUGCGGGGCCUCUGGUACAUAGCCUUCUACUGCCUGUUCCAGGCCCUGGCCACGUUCUUCCAGGUGCCCUACACGACGCUCACCAUGCUCCUGACGCCCAGCCCUAGGGAGCGGGACUCAGCUACCGCCUAUCGGAUGACCCUGGAGAUGGCGGGAACACUGAUGGGAGCCACUGUCCAUGGGCUCAUCGUGUUAGGCGCCCACGGGCCACACAGGUGCGAGGAUGUUGAGCUUCCUGGACCAGUCGCGGUCUCCCCAGACGCUACUCGCCUCUACUCCAUCGCAGCCGCUGUGGUUGCUCUCACUUACCCUGUGUGCAGUGGUUUGCUCUGCCUUGGGGUGAAGGAGCGACCAGACCCCUCUGCUUCAGCCUCGGGCCAAGGCCUGAGCUUCCUGGCUGGGCUGGGCCUCACUGCCUGCCACCCACCCUACUUGAAGCUGGUUGUCUCCUUCCUGUUCAUCUCAGCUGCUGUUCAGGUGGAACAGAGCUACCUGGUCCUGUUCUGUACACACGCCUCCCGGCUGCAUGACCACGUCCAGAGCCUGGUAGUGACCAUCCUGGUCUCAGCUGUGCUGAGCACCCCACUGUGGGAGUGGGUUCUCCAGCGGUUUGGGAAGAGGACAUCGGCCUUCGGGAUAUGUGUGAUGGUGCCUUUUGCAAUCUUGCUGGCUGCUGUGCCCACAGCACCCGUGGCAUAUGUCGUGGCCUUUGUAUCUGGCAUAAGCAUUGCUGUGUCUUUGCUGCUACCCUGGUCCAUGCUGCCAGAUGUGGUAGAUGACUUCCAGCUGCAGCACCAGCAUGGGCCCGGCCUAGAGACCAUCUUCUAUUCUUCCUAUGUCUUCUUCACCAAGCUCUCAGGAGCCAGUGCCCUGGGCAUCUCCACCCUCAGUCUGGAGUUCGCAGGGUAUAAGGCAGGAGCCUGCAAGCAGGCGGAGGAGGUGGUGGUCACCCUCAAGGUUCUCAUCGGUGCUGUGCCCACCUGCAUGAUCCUCACCGGGCUGUGCAUCCUCAUGACUGGCCCCGCUCUAAAGGCACCAAGGCAGGACACCGCCCGCCAGCUGAGCCUUCAGAGGUGGGCCACUGUGCACACAGGCACACACAGGCAGGGCUGCCCACCCAGGGGGCACAUCACUGACCUGGGAGUGACCAAGGCCAGUCUCAGGUCACCCUGCUGCAUCACACACACAGCUGAGCACUCCUGCCUUUGGGAGACUAUUUCCUUAGCGCAAUGA